GGCCUGUAGUGGCAGUAGUCAUCAUGGCGAACAAUAAUAAGUGGGAAACCGUAAGGAAACCAAACAAAAAGCAGCCGACGAAACGCAUGACAAAGGCCGAGAAGCAAGCGUAUACCGACAAUGCUCCGCGUAUUAUCGCAUCACCGCCUCUUAAGGAGUCGAAGACGUUGUACGACGCGUUCAUAGAGCAGGACAAGAAGGCUACAGAGCACCAUCAGUCAUCGCAGGAACACAAGAAUGGCAUCGCGGGCAAGCAACAAUCACCAUCACAGCAGAAGAAGAAGAAGCCCCACGUGCAGAAGGAUCACAAGGAAGGCGGUGGCCGCACUCUGGAGGAAGUUGCCAAAGAGCUCAGCUCCAAGAGCCUGGAGAAAUUUCUGAACAUGGACCAGACCAAGUUUCCAGACAACCCGACAAUAUGGUUGAAGGACCUGGCUUCGUAUCUCAACCUGGAGCUUCACGUUCCUGAGAAGGACCCACUAUUCACUGGUCAGCCUGUUGACUACCCGCUGUGUAAGCUGCCGAAGGUCGUUCAGAAGCUGAUGCUGACUACGAUGAGGAAGUCAGGAGCCAGCGUUCAACAACUGUUCCUCGAACACUGUGUGCGCUCUACGAUCACCGACUCCAGCAAAGGUUUGUCGACCUAUGGCUACCGUGUAUGCAUCCAGUCUCUACUUCACGCGAACCCCCAGAUUGUCACUGAUGACAUCAGCAAGUACAAUGACAUGCUGAAGUCGAAUCAGAGUCACCCGAUACGCUGUGCGCUGAUUUUGUGGGCGCUGUCGCAGGCAGGCGUUAAGAACCUUGGGACGGGUCUGAGAGUCUGGUUGGAUGUCAUGCUACCAUUGUUAGGCGUUCGGAGUAUGUCCGGUUAUGUCGUGAGCAACCUGGAAAGCUUAUUCAGUUGCCAUGACAACCUACAGUCAGCGUACGGUGUGGUGGGCAUGCGUGAGUUCUUUCAGAUCCUUGACAUUGUCUAUGCGUCGAACUCGAGCCUCUCGCAUGCCUUACAGAAGCGCAUGCUGAAACUCUACCCCAAGAUCAAGACGCUCGCGUUUGGAGAAUGCACGAAGCUGAGUGGCUUCUUCCCAUCACUCAUGUCGAGGCUCACCCCGACCUGCCCCACGCCACUGAAGGAGGAGCUGCUUGCUUGUCUUGCUACGUGCUUGACAAAAGACAACCAUUGCUAUAGCCCCUGGAGACAGAUGUAUGAGAAACACCUACGCCAGUCUAGCAUCCUCAUGGACCACCUGCUCGCCGUGUGGAGCAUGCUGAAGAUUGAUGUGAAGCAGCUGCGUGACACCGUGCGCAGCUUCAUGGUAACCAACGACGACCUGGCCACCGCCGCCGCGCAGCCAGGCGGCCGCCGACCAGAGGGUCAUGACGAGUGCGUGCGCACUUGCAAGGAGCUGAUGGCGAAGAUGUCCGGGUGGAAGUUCCCAAGUUCUUGCUGGCUGCUCGUCCUCGCUGCACUGGGCGGCGUUAUCGGUCCAGGACGAGGGCAGUGCUGCAUGAUACGGGGGUGCUAGCCGUCGCUGAACAUGUGUGGCAGCGGACUGAGGCAUACACGGAGAAGUCGUGGCGGUGGCUACAGCACAACAUCCCGUACUACUACUCGCGCGCGUGUGCGUUCAGCGCCCCCUACCUGACGCUGAUGUGUGAGAAACUACGAGAUGCGUUCGAUUACGUCGUUGAGCAGACGGAGGAGCCGCGACAGUGGCUCUACCUACAUCUAGCCGCCUUUGUAGAGCAGGUGAGACUAAAGCUUCCCGGACCUGGGAGCGCGUGCAGCUGUACACGUGGCAAUUGUGCUGAACUACUCUGGCACUACGGCUGCGCCUUCUGCAAAGAGGUGCGGGGAAGUCUUUCGAUAGAGAACAUACAGAAGACGCUGGUGCCAGGUCGGCUUGGCGACACAGCAGCUGUUGUUACGAUGCUACAGCUGGCUGAGCUGAUGGCGAAGAUGUCCGGGUGGAAGUUCCCCAAGUUCUUGCUGCUGCUCGUCCUCGCUGCACUGGGCGGCGUUAUCGUAUACGACGUGCACCAACACUCCGGCUUCAAAGGUGAGGGACAGCACCAUACUAGUUAG